UGGCGUAUUGAAUAAUACGAUAGCCGGGAGAAUUUUGACGGGAACCAAUAAAAUGAUAAUUAAAUAACUUUGUCGGAUAAAAGGGUACGAAACCAGCGUCGAGUUACGUUGCUGCGUGCAGUAUCGAAUUGUCAACGAUUAUCGUAAAACGGGAGAUAACGUAAACAUUCAUCAACAACUCUCAGCAAGAGUAUUUUCGAUCCACGUCGAAGGAGGCCACGCCGAGCACGCCGAAAAUUUGGAGUCGUCGGGGCGCGGGCGCAAGCACGUCACGCACACAGAACCGAAAAUCAGGGGGGGCCACACAGGUGCGGAAGAUAAGCGCGCGCGACGACGCGGAUGGCGCGGCGCGGCUACCCUAGGCUAGGCGCGUCGCGUCGCCACUGCUGCAGCGUAACGUAGAAACUCAGUCCGACGGCGGCGCCGCACCAGACGUACGUGUCAGGACGCGCCUUUACGUUAGCCCUGCGAUCGAACCUCGCGACCGAUUGCGUUCGAUCCCCCAGUGUCCCUCGAGAUCGUCGAAACGAUCGAACGCGAGAAGAGUCGCCGGAGAAAAGAAGGACCGAAAGAAAAAAAAAAAGAAGAAAUUUAAUUGGACGAAUCGGGAAAAUUGUACGCGAAGAUAUUUCGAUCGAUCUGUCCCGAGGAGGAGGAGAAAGUGGAGGAUCGCGAGGGGGAUCCUGGAUCUCGCGGCUUUCGCGGAGUCAAUCAACGAGGAAACGGAUCCCCGUGGAUCGAGAAGCAACGAGGAUCGAGGGAACCGAUUCGAGUCGGUGCAAGUGCGUUUUAUCCUUAACUGUUUUCGUUUCGCGGGGCAUCGUUGGUCCCGCCCCUCUGGGCGGCUCCUGCCUGGAAGGAUCCUCGCCGCGAACUGACGGUGUCCUCCUCGCAGUACGAGCUCGGCACACGCCGCCAGGAUGUUUUCGUCCUCGAGGGCUUUCCCGCCGAUUUUCUUCGCGGCGCUCUUCGUCUGCAUCGGGCUCGCACACGGCAUCAGAUGUUACAUAUGCGGACAGUACAACGAGGGAGUCGGAAGCAUCACGCCGUGCAUCAACUACACCGCUCACAUGCAUCUGAAGGAGUGUCCACCCCGUGCCGAAUGGUGCAUCAAAUAUGUCAGCGAGGGCUCGACAGUCCGAGAUUGCGUCCCGACGUGUGUGGAAAAGGAGGCCUGGAGCACGAGGACGUACUGCUGCCAGCAGGAGGGUUGCAACUCAGGUCCCUCGUUGGCGCCCAGCAGCGUCGCGGUGAUCCUCGCCGUGACGAUGACGGCGAUCCUCGUCGGGCGGAACCUUCGUGGCUAAUACGUCGCUAGAAGCGACGAAGAACCCGCGAACGGAAGCACCGGGAUCCAUCUGACGCGAGAACAAGGUCGCAGAACGUUGCACCGCGCACUAACGACGUUCGAGCCUGAUCGCCCUGGCCGUCUUGCUGACUGGACGCUGACGUGUCGAUAGCUGUCGCUCGGUCGAUCGCUGAACACACGCGGGAUUCCGUCGUAAUCGCCUAUCGACGAGGCUCGAUAGGGCGCUCGUUCGUUUGGUCGACUUUUACCUUUGAUUCUCGACGGCCACCAUUCCCGAUCCUUCGCUCCUUCAUUAUUUUGCUAAUCCUUUGAUCCGUUGACUUCUCCACGAAUAAUGAAAUUGGCGAUUCGAGGACAUAUACUAUCGGACUUGAAAAACGAGGUAUCUCAACAUAUUAUUUUUUAAAAGAAAAUCAAAUUACGCGACGCGUUAAUGAUAAAAUUAGUUACGUGAAAUUCAUUUAUGUAUCCAAACGUGAAGCACGAAUUCUAAUAUACAUAGAGACUAUAUUUAAAAUUAAAAAUAAAAGCGUUACGUCUGUCUGUACGUAAGUAAAUUUCAUGUAAUUAAUUCUGUAACCCCAGAGUAAAAUAGAUGCGGAGGAGGGUGAAGAUACCGUACACAAUCGGCCAGAAUAGAUUGACCGCCGGAGUUUUCCAGCAAGUGUCACAUCUGGGGAAAUAUUGGUCGACUGAGCGUAAACGGGUUAAUAUCCGUGUCGGUUAUCGAGCGAAUAAUUUCUCACGGGACCCUUUCUGCCAGCUUUGGCGGCCAUAUUCGAGACGACCGAGCCCUCCUCCAAUUUCUGUCGGUCAGCUAUUCCGACGACGGCGCUCGGUUCUUCGACGGUCCUCGAAUUCAAUUUAUUUGAGAACUUUCGCGAUCCUUCCCACGUACGUCUCCUCUGCCACCCCUUUCGAUCCUUCGUACAUCGACUUGGAAAAAAAAAAAAGCGUGGACUGUUCGAUGAGAAUGGUAUACGUCGAUGAUACGUCCUCGAGUCGCGUGCCAGACGAAGCGAAUAAAAUUCGUCGGCGUUUAUAAGUUACGUCGUCUUUGUACGUCCCCUAUAUGUUUUCCACAGAAACGUUCGUUCUUUACACGGGAAUCUACAUUUCCAUCUCGACGUAUCCUUCCUUAUUGCGUUUCGUCGCUGAAAAUACUUGUAGCUUCUCCUUUGACCCGAGAGAAUAUUCCGUUUCUUUCCUGGGGAUAGAAAUCGUUCAUACUCUGUAGCUACAAAUAGUGACGGGACAAAUAAUAGGGUAAUUGCUCCUACGGUGCUUCAAAAAUUCCGUAUUAUUCUAAAUCCGGAGGUCGCUACGCUCACAUGUCCAAAUUUUUACUUUUUUCGUCGCAACCCUCUAUCGCAUAACACCCUCGAUAAAAAUACUUCCAGCAAAUUUUCUAUUCGCGAAAUUAUAUGGGAACGAUUUCUUUCCUACUGAAUGAAUUAAAAUUCAUGCAGCGGAGGGUUAAUUCCACCCCCCGAUCACGUCUCAAAAUAUUCCCCCUUCGUUCCUUCCCCGGUUUUUUCGUUGCCAAGUCGACCAACUGAACUUCUACCGCUUUCAAAAAAAAAAAGAAAAAAAAAUUAAAAAAAAACCAAGCUCGUGAUUGGUCGAGGUAGAAGUUGAACGGCAGCAAGAAGUCCACGGAGAGAUCGACCAUCCGACAAUCGUCGAUCCAGGGUCCUGGAGAGCAAGAACGCCGACGUGUGGAAACAAUCGGACCACAAUCGUUCUAAUCGAAGCGCGAUAACAGGCGCGGCGAACGCGCAGGACGGGUUCCCGAUGCCUCGUUCGUGGUCGUGCAUCGACGUCUUUUUAGAUCAUAAGAAAUUCGUUCAAUGGUGUGGAACAAAAAGAAGACCAGAAACCAGAGGAGAAUGAGCGUGAACGUGAGAGAGAGAGAGAGAGAAAGAGAGACAGAGCGAGAGCGAGAGAGUGAGUGAGAACGAGAGAAAGAAAACAGAGUCGAGAGAAACCAGAAACGAGAAUGAACAAAGGAACCGUGCGGAUAUGUAACUCACAUACAGAUAACAAGUUUAAAUAAAAAGAAAAAAAAAAAAAGAGGAACAGCGAGGAUAAUAAUAAUAAUAACGUUAUUAUUAUUACUAUAUUGCUACUAUUACUACUAUUACUACUAUUAUUAUUACUACUACUAUUACUAUUACCAUUACUAUUGUAACUACUGGGGGAUAAAAAAAAAAAAAAAAAAAAAUGAAACAGCAUCACCACGAAUAUACAUGCAAGUAGCGGUGUAAACGACGAUAGGCGGCGAACGGAGUGGAGAAGUUGUCGAUUAUUACAUAUUGUAACCGCUUGAAGUAGCCUUAUACUCGUAACUGAGAUACAACAGAGAGUAAGACGCGAGCGUUGGCGUGAGGGGACUGCGCACUGCCCCGUUUCCGAUGCAUUCGCUCACAAUUCAUCGAAAAUGAGAAGAAUCUUGUGUAAUCGUCCCGUCGUUAGAGGUACAGCGAGUCCUCGAAUUUACGCGGUUAUGCAUAAACGUGUUGCUCGGAGAAAGAAAGAUCAGUCCUCUGUUAACAGCGAACAGUCAUUGUUCGAUCGGCCGAUCGGUCGAAGGCUGAGUCGAGUGUCCGACCUAGUACGAUCAGAAUCUACUGCCAGUACCGGUCUUCUUUUCUCCCAACGAUACGUUUGGUACUCAAUCUCAGCUGCAACGAGUAACUAAGUUAAUAAUAGCGAAUAUGAACAGAUUCCUAUACAGGCAUUCACGAAAGCUGAAAUUGGCAAAAUUGGCAACCAAAGGAACGUAAGUACGUGCACAUAUAACAAAGAGACACAACUCGAGGGCUCACUGUGAUUAAAUAGUUUCUUCCUCGUAGAGAUCGGUAUUGUCAUCGGUACGGCAUUUCAUGGAGUUAUUUUCGAGAGACGCUUUUGAUUUCGCGCGUACAGGGCAGCUCUCUGUACGAGUCAAUUAUCGCGACUGGGUAAUUUGUGUGAGUCAAUUAUCAUCGGUAGAGGUUUGUGCGAGUCGAUCGUUGUAGGAAGCAGUUCGCACGCGUAUCCGUUCUUGUUUCUUUUACUCGGUGUCGGUUCUAUUCUUUCCGACUCGGUUUCCUGUAUUAUUUUUUCAUCGUUGAAUCAACGCCUCGGAGCCAAGGAUGGGCAAAAUUAUUAUCGAAGUUAAUAUAUUGAAUUUAUCGUUCGGAUACGUUAAAGUCGACACACCAAAUUAAAUUUAAAGGUGGUAGAAAUUAAUGUAUCCGAAUGACAGAUAAUAAAUAAGACCAACACACAGUGAUUAUUCGUGACGUUUAUUCGAUCGACCAGUUAAAUAUUCGUUUAAUCGUUGCAAAAUAUUUUUAAUUCGAAUUCUGAUUUCUACUCGACGAGUAACGAGUAAACUUUUUCUUUUUAUUCGUUGUUCGAGGUUUUUAGGCGAAUAAGAAUUUUGCCCAUCGCAGCUCGGAGCGAAACGAGCGCAUCCGUUCUCUUCUCAGGCUAACCAGCAUCCGAACCGGUCGAUUGAUCGUUCCGAUCGAUCGAUCGGCCACGAGAUUCCUAAAGAGUAGCGAGAAACAAUUCAUUCUAGCCCGUAAGCCAAGCGAUCACAAGUAGGGGACAACUAUCUACCUAUUCACUGGGAGAAGGUAGCGACAGAGAGUUCUAGCGAUUAUAUACCUGUUCUUGAGAUUAGGCGAAGAUGAUUUAUCUAAAGUUAGCGCGAGUCUAGCGAUAAUAACUAAACUUAAUCUGUUUCCCGUCUCGGACGUCAACUAAUUAAACGUCGUUGUUAUUGUUGGAGGAACGUUUCGAGGCAGACCAAAGUUUUACGAUUCGCGAUACAUCGAUCGAUCGAUCGAGUUUCUGUUCGGUCUUCGUCGUGACGCGUCUGGGUACGAUUAGAGUGAAGAAAGGCCGUCAUCGUCGCGUCAUGCGCCGUCAUACGUGCGACGAAGGAGCUAAAGAAAUACACAACGGCUCUCAUAGCAAAAUUUCUCCAGCCUACCUGACCUAAACGGUCGCUAUACCGGCAGGUCCAGCAACACAAACGAAUCUCAACGCGAAACAACGAUAUCAACUCAUCAUUGCUAUCCUCUCUGAUCGAUCUACCUUUAACUUCGUACUCGAUCUAACAAUUUUCCGACGAAACGUUUUCCAGCCGCGUCCAACGACCGAAGGCCCCCACCCAAAUGAUCGAAGUCAUCAUUCAAUACCGACACACGUACGAUCCAGUUGGAUUCGAGCCACGAUCAUCGUAGAUCAGCUCGUCAAGCUUCGCUUACACUUUAUCCAUGUAUUUUUAUAACGCAAAGUGAGAAACAGGGACGCCUGGAUUCGACUCGAGUCCCACCCACAUCGAUCUUCGUUAAUCGUUGGCUCGAACCCUCGUCUGGAAUCGACGAUCUCAAUCCUAGAUCAAACGAACGCAGAACACUGUCCACCGAAUAGAAGGGAACCAUUCUACCUCGAAUCGUUUCGCGAAACUAUGUAAAAAAUGAAAAGAUACUACAUAGACACACACGUACACAAACGAAGAGAAAAAAUGAGGCAAAAUUCCGAGGAUCAUUGAUAUAUAUGUAUAUAUAUAUAUAUAUCGACACCCAAAACACCUUUUUGGACGAUACCUUAACGAGUUACGGACACUCCACGCGAUAAUUCUAGGCGAUUUCCUUAGCGAGUAAGGUUUUAUUAUAUAUUAUUAACGAGAGACGCUCGAUAAUGAAAUCCGACAUCGUUCCAACCUCCUAUUUAAGCUUACGCCGCGAGCAUAACGAAUGCACCAAAAUUAAUGCGAGGCGAAUAGGGGAGAGACUAGCCGGCGUUUUAAAUCAGCGUAACGUUUUACAUUCGCUUUGAGCACUAUUUCGAUAGGUAUUAAAGGUUCAAAGUCUAAACGAUAAUGCCUUUUCUUUAUCCCCGCACCGGACACCGCGAGCCAACGCUGGUGUCCACGUGAGAAUGAGAGAUGGACCGAGCACGUGACACGUGAAUUCUCGCGAGUAGAUCAACGCUUCCGUUACGCGAUCUUCCUUGCAUGUGCCUGAGGCUUCGCUUUCGAGGGAAUUCACUUACCAUUGACAUUGAUCGGCGUUUCCCAAACUUCCGUAGUCGUCGAAUAGGUUCAGGAUGUGUUCGAUACGAGUCAGGUUCUGCUCGUUGGAUCUCAUCGAGUUCUUCGUAUGCUCGACAACGGAUCGUUCACGCUAUCGUUUAUGGCUCUGCGGCUCGAAACGAUGCGUCUGAUUAAUUUACUUCAAUUGUCCGCGAUAUCAAAUAACCUUUCAAAUCCAGUCAUAGAUCUAUCGUUUCCAGUGAUCAUUAAUUUACGGUGAACAACUAAUUUCUUGCUCGAAGGUGUAAAAUAAAGAUCGUACCGCAGGGAUUAACGGUGAUUUUCCCUUAGUUUGGGAAACGCUGGGCACGGAUAAUCGAACGUCGAAGGGUUUUCUUACUUUCGCUGUUAUUCGAUUCUUAAAGUUGGAUAAAAAAAAAAAAUGUUCGCGAAGUUAUCACACCUCGAUCACCGAUCGACGAAUGGAAUCGUCGAGACAUAUUUUACUGAAUUCUCCGAUUCUUCGUAAGCUCGUUACCCUUAACACUCGUUAGGACAAGAGAGAGAGAGAGAGAGAGGGGGGGGGGAAGAAAGCGAAGAAGAGUGAAUGCUGACGCGCGAGUGAGUGGGCGACUGCACUUCGGUUGAAUGAAAACGAAUGAAAGGCUCGAGUGAAUGACGCUGAGCAAUAUUGUCGGGGAAAAGAGUGAAAAGGAAAGGAAAAAAAUCGGGAAAAUUUCAAACGAACGCGCGUCGAAGGAGCGGCACGGGACGAAAGGUGAGAAUACAGGGUGUUUUCGAAGUACGGGAUUUGCAAAAAAAUUGGCAAAGCCGUGGAAAGAAACCAAAAAGAGAAUCGCAACGUCUCGUUAAACGUUGUCGACCCAAAACCCAACCGCGCACCAUUUUUUGGAAGACUAAAUAAACUCCGUACUGGAAUAAGUAUGAUGCUAAACGAAAAGUUUAAGAAACGAAAUUGUUUUGCAGUCCUAGAGAGAUGUAAAUUCGUCGAAACGUCAGGUAUAGCGUGUUUGUUUUGUACGGGGCUGCUUGAUUCGUUUUUAUCGCAAAUGUCACCCGCCAUUAGAUCCUAUCGUUAAUGUCGCGUACAUCCAGUACAAUAACAACAGGUGAGUUCCGUACGAGCAUUGCCACGCGGUACGUACCGAUUUGUAGAAAAAGGCUUCUCGUCUCUGUACGUACGUUUAUCAAGAAUUUUCAAAAGUCUAUACGGUACCUGUAAUUCAGGAGCACCCUGUAGCUACGUCUCUGUAUUCUGAUACAGGAGUAAUCGCUUUCAAGUGACAUUUUUACCUUGGAUGCAAGCGACGGAAGCAUCCCGCACUAUUUCUGUUAAUUCGGUAGGAGCAACACCUUCAUCUUCUUGGAUUCAUCUCGUGAUUUUGCUCGACUUUGUCACUUCAAAGCGGCGACUAUCGUGCCUCGACGCGUAAACGACGGUCUCGUGAAUUUGAAUCGAGGAAAAGAGAGAGAAUGAACACACGCGAGAACGAGAGAGCGAGAAAGAGUAGAGUUGAAACAAAAGAAGAGAUAUAUAAAUGUAUAAAUAUAUAUAUAUAUACAUGACGUUAUACAUAAAUUGUAUUGGAUUACGAAAGGAUCGCACCGAAAACAAGAAAAUGAGAAAAAAAAACAGUUAAGAUACACGCAUUAAAUAAUUUUAGGAUUAACGAUUAAUCGACGAUUAUGUAAGCCGAGAGGACCGAGCGAACAAAAAAAUAUAUAUACAUAUAUAUUAUACUAUAUUAUAUUAAAUUAUAUUAUAUUAUAAUAUAUUAAAUUAUACUAUAUUAUAUUAUUUAGUCACGUAAACAGAAUCAUAUAUGUAUGACGAGUUGUACAUUUAUAUUAGACACACACAGACGCAAUAAUAAAGACCGUAAAAUACGAA